GCGUGGUGUUAGGCGCGCCGUACAAAUGUGUCCGGCACUAUCGGGUUGCGAGGAGAUGAACAAGCUAUUGCAGUCUAUUUCUGACAAGCUCAAACAUUUGGAAUCAAUUGCAACACCAGAUGCAGUAAACUAUGUUGAAGCAUGCCUCAAAGUACAGAAUAAACAGUUGUUGCACAGGAUAAAGUCGUUAAAAGAAUCGGUUAUUCAGCAGGAGCUACUUCUUGGAUUAAAUCAACAACAACUUCAUCAUUUACCCUCUGUUAAGGCUGUAUCCAAUGGUUCUAAUUUGAAUGGAAAUUUACUGGAAAUCGGACAUUUGUCUGAUAAAGGAGUAGUGCCGGAAGCAGAGCAACCCAAACAGAAGACAGAGGUACAAACGGAUCCAGUGAAAACUAAAAAUCGGAACACCGAACGUAAAAUACCAGAUGGAAAACCACAAUCUGCUGAAAAGCCUGUUGAUAUUGGUCGUCUGGAUCUGCGUGUCGGUCGAAUUAUAGAUGUAAAUCGCCAUCCUGAUGCUGACUCUUUAUACGUAGAGAAAGUUGACUUGGGUGGAAAUGAAAUACGCACUGUUGUCAGUGGGUUGGUGAAAUAUCUACCUAUCGAGUCACUUGAAAACCGAAUUGGGAUAUUUCUCUGUAAUCUCAAGCCAGCAAAAAUGCGUGGUGUUGAAUCAGAAGCAAUGCUAAUGUGUGCAAGCUCUCCAGAUACAUGUGGAGUAGAGCCUCUGAUUGUUGAGGGCCCAGAUAUACAGUUAGGUGAUUCAGUUGUGGUUCCUGGAUAUAGUCACGAUCCUGAUGACCAACUUAAUCCCAAAAAGAAAAUUUUUGAACAAGUGAAACCAGAUCUUAGAGUAAAUGAAAACGGGAUCGCUAUGUAUAAAAAUGUUUCAUGGACACUAAAAGGGUCUUCUCUUGCUGUGAUUAAAUCACUCAGGGUCAAAGACGCUCAAAUAGCUUAGUCGCUUACUACACCCUUUUUAAAAUAUGCUAAUAAUUAUAUAUAAUGUUUUCGGGAAUUA